AUGCCACUGGCCGAGGGCCUAUUCCUCGAGGCUCUCCUGGCUCCUUUACAACCAAUACGUGGUAGUGUGCGAGCAACGUUCUCACUGCCGCGAUAUGUCUCCUUGUUGGGAAUUAAGCCUAGACCCCUGAACGUGGCUACCCGCGUCUGGUCUGAGGCUUGGCUCGAUGUUCAGUCUAUAUCAAACUGGGCUGACGGGAAUGCCCCGAAUGAGGCGCUGGUUCUUGGACCAGUAUCCAGCGAGAUUUUUGAAUCAUCUAAAAGUUUAUGGCCCUGUUGGAUCUCAUUCUUUUCGUCAAGUCCCGCAAAACACCCACCACCCAGACCGAAAAAUCUAAAUAAACUCAAUAUGGCGUUUCCCCCCUCUCCACUUGAAACCAUUAAGUGGAACGCCCUCGGCCUCUCGAUCACUGACGCCGUAAACGGCCACGUGGAAUCCACCUAUACUCUCUCCACCGGCGCCUGGUCCACCCCCAAAUUCGUCUCAGACCCUUUCCUCCGCGUCCAUGGCCUCUCGCCGGCCCUAAACUAUGGCCAACAAGCCUACGAGGGCCUCAAAGCCCACCGCUCCCCAUCCAACUCCAUCCUCCUCUUCCGCCCCGCCGACCACGCCGCCCGCCUUUCCAACUCCGCCGCCUACGUUUCCAUCCCACCCAUCCCGGAAGCGCAUUUCCUGCAAUGCGUCAAGAUGGCCGUCGCGCGGAACGCAGAAUGGGUCGCCCCCCACACCUCCGAAGCCCUCCUCUACAUCCGCCCCCUCGUCUUCGGCAGCAGCGGCCACCUCGCCCUAACCGCGCCCACCGAGUUCACCUUCGCGGUCUUCGUGCAGCCGGGGACUACAUACCACGGCGUGCAGCCCCUCCCCGCCGUCGUAGUCGAGGACUUCGACCGUGCCGCUCCCCGAGGAACCGGCGGUGGAAAGGUGGGCGGCAACUACGCCCCCGUCAUCCGCUGGACAGACCGCGCGCGCACACAGGGGUACGGGGUGACGCUGCACCUGGACGCACAGACGCGGACCUGCGUCGAAGAGUUCAGCACGUCCGGUUUCAUUGGCGUGUGGAAAGCGGGUGAACACGUCACGCUCGUCGUGCCCGACAGCAAGAACAUCGUCGCUAGCAUCACGAGCGAUAGCUGUCUUGCGCUAGCGGAGUCGUUCGGGUGGACCGUGGAGCGGCGGGAGAUCCCGUGGAGCGAGUGCAAGUUCUUCGACGAGGUGGUGGCGGUGGGGACGGCGGCGAGCUUGCUGCCGAUAAGGAGUUUGCAUCGCCCGAGUACCGGGGAGACGUUUUACUAUGGGGAUAGCACGGGUGACGUGACGGUGAAGCUGGGGACGGCGAUGAGGAAUUUGAUGCGCGGGAAGGUGGAAGAUGGGUUUGGGUGGACGGUUGAGGUGAAGGAAGGGGAUUUAUUGGCUGAGGAGAGUAUUAUCGCUGAAGAGCCUGUUGUAGAGGCGGUUAGUGAGCAGCCUGCUGAGGUCGUUGAUGAGAAGGCGAAUGGGGUCGAGAAUGUUAAUGGAUCGAUUGGUAGCAAGGGGACAGAAGUGGAAGAGAAAGCGUGACUAUCACGGGUACAGAAGACUCUUAGACAUCUCUGGUGUUUGGGUUGAGCGUUUGGGCAUCAGUCAUAU